UUAAUGCAGACAACAUGGCGGACUAAAAGAUACGGCUGACCCGCCCGGAUACAGCGAAUAAACAGUGGGAUUCACGCCCCCUAAGCUCAAGGAAGACGGAGAGACACCAAUUUGUUAGGAACACCCUCGGGAACAUUGAGGAAUUUUUGGGACCGUUCUAGUCAUUCGUUAACAUAAACAUACUUGCGAUCUGUUGCCUCCAAAUUGGCGGUCUGUCCCAGAUCGUUCAUAUCACCCAGGCCCCCCACCCCACAUACACACACACACACACACACACUAUUGGUUCCUGGGGUGUGAAGACAGGGGCUGGGGUUAAGAACGUGGAAAAAGGAAGAAAGGAAUUGCACAACUGUAAAUAUUCAGGAUUGUCCAAAACCAAACGGGAGUCGUGGACCACACUGUGCGAAUGAGUGAUUGAUGCCAAAUUCGCUCCUUAAGUGAAAAACAUGGAUGUCUCAUGGGCAGUAUGGGUACGUGUCCCCUGCUCCUGCUGCUCAGUGUGGCCCUCGUGGUCUCUGUCUCAGCCCAGGGACCAUCUCUCACCCCCACAGAAGGUCCAGUCUCCACUGCCAAACCCACGGAUUCUCCAGCCACCACCCUCCACAAUGUUCCAGUAGCAACAGCCACCACCCCUCCAACAACCGCAACCCCCACGGCUGCCGUAACGACACUAACAACAACCAGCACCGCAGAGGGGAACAUAUUGACUGCAGGCCCCAGUGUCACCCAGGCGCCCAUCCCCCUCCACCACCCCCUGGCCCAACCAUAGACCCCCAAGUCCCCACGGGUGCAACCACCGCCCCGCAACCACCCCCUGCUCCGACUACAGUCAGUCGGGGAGGGGAGAAUGGGACCACACCCUCUGCGCCGGACAGUCACACAGAUCCCUCGCCGGAGACGGCCACAGAACCUACGGUGGAAGCCACGUCGCCCGACACGACUAGUGACACUACUACAGGUGGUGGAGAAGAUGACACAGACCAAAAUACGCAAUCAGAUGACACGCCCAUCAUUGCGGUGAUGGUGGCUCUGUCAUCCCUGCUCGUCAUCGUCUUCAUCAUCAUCAUCCUCUAUAUGCUCAGGUUUAAGAAGUACAAGCAGGCCGGCAGCCAUUCCAACUCCUUCAGGCUGACCAACGGUAGAUCAGAUGAUACAGAGCUCCAGAGUGUGCCGCUAUUAGCCCGCUCGCCUAGCACCAACAGGAAGUACCCACCCCUUGUUGUCGACAAGCUUGAGGAGGAUAUGAAUCGUCGCAUGGCUGAUGACAACAAGCUCUUCCGGGAGGAGUUCAACGCGCUGCCGGUGUGCCCCAUCCAGGCGUCGUGCGACGCGGCCUCUAAGGAGGAGAACAAGGAGAAGAACCGAUACGUCAACAUCCUGCCAUAUGACCACUCCAGGGUGCAUCUGUCGUCUCUAGAGGGAGUUCCAGACUCUGACUUCAUCAACGCGUCCUUCAUCAACGGUUACCAAGAGAAGAACAAGUUCAUUGCAGCUCAAGGGCCAAAGGAGGAGACGGUAAACGACUUCUGGAGAAUGAUCUGGGAACAGAACACAGCCACCAUCGUGAUGGUGACCAACCUGAAGGAGAGAAAAGAGAAAUCCAUACAGCGGCAAUCUCUCUGUGUGUCUCAGUGUAAGUGUGCCCAGUACUGGCCGGACCAGGGCUGCUGGACUUACGGCAACAUCCGAGUCUCUGUGGAAGACAUGAUGGUGCUGGUGGACUACACCAUCCGCAAGUUCUGCAUCCAACAGGUGGGGGAUGUGGGGGGAAAGAAGCCCCAGCGGCUGGUGACCCAGUUCCACUUCACCAGCUGGCCAGACUUUGGCGUUCCCUUCACACCCAUUGGCAUGCUAAAGUUCCUCAAGAAGGUCAAGACCUGCAACCCCCAAUACUCCGGCCCCAUCGUGGUCCACUGCAGUGCGGGGGUGGGGAGGACAGGUACCUUCAUAGUGAUAGACGCCAUGUUGGAUAUGAUGAACACCGAGAGGAAGGUGGACGUCUUUGGCUUCGUCACGCGCAUCAGAGCCCAGCGCUGCCAAAUGGUCCAAACAGACAUGCAAUACGUGUUCAUCUUCCAGGCCAUGCUGGAGCACUACCUGUACGGAGACACAGAGCUGGAGGUGACCUCCCUGGAGUCCCACCUGGCCAAGCUCUACGCCCCCUCCACCGCCGGCUGUGGGGGCAUGGAAGCGGAGUUCAAGAAGCUGACCUCCAUCAAGAUCCAGAACGACAAGAUGAGGACGGGCAACCUGCCGGCAAACAUGAAGAAGAACCGAGUUCUCCAGAUCAUCCCAUAUGAGUUCAACAGAGUGAUCAUUCCAGUCAAGAGAGGGGAGGAGAGCACGGAUUAUGUCAACGCUUCCUUCAUUGAUGGCUACCGUCAGAAGGACUCGUACAUGGCCAGUCAGGGCCCGCUGCAGCACACCAUCGAAGACUUCUGGAGGAUGAUCUGGGAGUGGAGGAGCUGCUCCAUAGUCAUGCUCACUGAGCUGGAGGAGAGAGGACAGGAAAAAUGUGCUCAGUAUUGGCCCAGUGACGGGGUGAUGGUGUGUGGUGACCUCUCCAUCGAGCUGAAGAGGGAGGAGGAGAGUGAGAGCUACACUGUUAGAGACCUCCUGGUCACCAACAACCGGGAGAACAAGGCUCGUGCGGUGAGACAGUUCCAUUUUCAUGGCUGGCCAGAGGUGGGCAUCCCCAGCGACGGGAAGGGGAUGAUCAACAUCAUCGCUGCGGUCCAGAAGCAGCAGCAACAAUCUGGCAACCACCCCAUCACUGUCCACUGCAGUGCGGGCGCGGGGCGGACGGGGACCUUCUGUGCCCUGAGCACGGUCCUGGAGCGGGUGAAGGCUGAGGCCAUCCUGGAUGUCUUUCAGACCGUCAAGAGCCUCCGGCUGCAGAGGCCCCACAUGGUGCAGACACUGGAGCAGUAUGAGUUCUGCUACAAAGUGGUCCAGGAGUAUAUCGAUGCCUUUUCUGACUACGCCAACUUCAAGUAGGGACCCACACAGGGGACGGACAUCCAUACACAGUCAUAAACACACACCAAACCCACACGUACCAGACGGAAAGAAACAAACUGUUCACGGCUUAGAUGACUGGGCAGCCUGCGUGCACAGAGGAAAAGGGAAUGGAAGUUUUGUGACGGAGCCAAGUGCAGCGCUGCAGUGUACCGGAGGGAGUGAAUGUCAGAGAUGCCUUCUUGAAUAUUUUGUAAUAUUGAGCUUGUUAAUACGGCCCCUUGUCCCUAUCCCCCCACAUCCAGACACUCCCCAAUCCACCCAAUGUACAUAUACCGUACUUACCCUGUCACAUUUGGGGGAUUUGUUUUUAGGUCAAGUUUAAGUUUGGCUGCAUUUUUAGGGUGACAUAAUGUGUUUUAUGGGUAUGUGUAUAUAUAUACCGUGACUGUCAAAAGUUUGGACACACUUACUCAUUUAAGGGUUUUUCUUUAUUUGUACUAUUUUCUACAUUGUAGAAUAAUAGUGAAGACACAAACUAUGAAGUAACACAUGAAAUCAUGUAGUAACCAAAAAAGUGUUAAACAAAUCAAAAUAUAUGACAGCUUUGCAAACUCUUGGUGUUGUCUCAACCAGCUUAACCUGGAAUGCUUUUCCAACAGUCUUGAAGGAGUUCCCACAUAUGCUGAGCACUUGUCAUAGUUUUGACGUCUUCACUAUUAUUCUACAAUGUAGAAAAUAGUAAAAAAUCAAGAAAAACCCUUGAAUGAGUAGGUGUGUCUGAACUUUUGACUGGUACUGUAUAUAGAUCGUACUCUUUAGAGGUGUAUGUCAAAUCGAGAGUCGAGGAAAUGGUGUUUGGGUUUUCUUUGUGUUCUCUUUUGUUUUUUUGCGGUUGAGUGACUUGAGACUUACGUUGUUGAUGGCUUUAUCUGAUUCAGGCUGAAGCUAAAAGCUGAUAGAUCUUCCUUAGAGGAAUGGAUUUACACAGCCAAUCAGAAUUCAUCUGUACGUAUGCACACACACACACAAACACGUUACAGCUGGCCAGGAGCACUUCCAGAAUUGGCCUAGCCAAUCACAUAAUCUAAACUCUUUCCACUAGUUUUCCUUUGAGUUCACAGUUCACACAGAGGUCAAGGAGCCAUGGCAUUAGCUAAACCCACCGUUACACAAGAGCAUAGCACCACAGAGCCAAUGAUUUCUCAGGGCACAAACACACUGUGUAUGUGUGUCUUUAAAAGGGAGCCGUGUGCCAAACAGUCUCUUCAGAUGAAGGGUGAAGUUGCACCUAGACGCUGUUCUUGGGUCAGUUUUGCGUUUCCCCCAUUCAUAGUUAAGCAUAGGAUUUGGGGAGGGCGAGCUGAUCCCAGAUCUAAACCUAGGGGCCACUUUUCCUCCCAGGAGCGUCUCUCCAUCUGCGAGGCAGGCCUAGGCCGUCGCAAGCCACAUCUCUCACACACAGUCCAAGACAUUGUGGCUUUGCUGCGUUUGUGUUCAAGGACAUAGAAAACAAUGUAGUUUAGGUGUACCUGCACAUGCUUGCCGUCACAGUGGAUUCUGUGUGUGUAGAACGUUUAUGGAAUUUGAAGUUGCCCAUACCGAAAAUAAAUCGAAUAUCAAACGUCAAAUAUAUUUAAAUGUAAUGGGCGUGUUGAAGAUUUGGCCAACAAUGCAUUCAAAAUAGCCUAUGCAUAAUGAUAAUGAGUAUGAGGCCCAAAUGUUGCCAUAAUACAAUGAUUAUUUCAGUAUUUCCAUUUAGAAAACUACAUAGAUUAUGGGUCAAAAAGUAACCAUGCAAUUACUGUGCAUUUCCUAUCAUUUUGUAAUGUCAUGGAAAUUCUCAUGAAUUCAUACUUUUAAUUGCUUACAAUUAGAAUGGGGGAAGACAUUUCCUAUCUAUUAUUUACGUAUCAUUCCAUUUACUUGUACUCCAUUGCAGAUAUUUAUUUUCGGUAUAGGUUGUUUGAGAAGGUGGCGUCAAAAUGUGAAGACAUCCCUCUCUGUUUUUCAACUGGGGCCUGUUCAGGAUGAUGACAUGUUACAGAAUGUUCCGAUAGAAAUGUGUCGUGCAGAACGUAUUUGAUUGUUUGUCAUAUGUAAUAGAGAUGUGUCAGCUCUAUUCAAUAUAUUUCUAUCUGCAACAUUUAGAACGUUUCGCCAUCUGUUGUGGCACCUCAGUACUGUGCUGUUAGUGUUUUUAUGCCUAAUACUGAGCAACGUUUUAUACUUUAAUGCUGUUGCUUUGAUACUCCCACCCCAAAUGAUUGCAUUGUUACUUUUAUUGUUGAAACGUGUGACAUGGAAUGUUUGCAGUGAUUUUUAUUUUUUUAUUAUUAUUUUUUUAUUCAAAAUGGCUACCUACAAGGGCAGCUUGGCUAGAAACACACGCUCUGGGUUUGUGGAUGAGGCCGCCGUCUUUAGUUUCGAUUGUAAUGAAAUAUAUAUCAUGUCUAUUUGCUAGCAAGAAGGUCGAGGUCAAUUCCAUCUCAUCUCAGUCAACUCAGGAAAUGACUUGAAAUUGCCAGUUGUUGGGGGGGGUUUUCCCGUACAGGUUCUCUCAAUGUACGAAUAGAACUUCAAUUUGUCUACUUAGUUGGUUGAGUGCAAAUGGAAUUGUCCCUGGUCCAUUAGCCAAUCACAGCUACCAAUUGGCCCCAAAGGAUUAUAGUAAACAGUAAUAGUGUGUAGGGUGCAGGUCGUAUGAUUCCCACCCCCUUCCCAUGAACCAAGGUGUCAACCCUGGUAUGAGUAAAUGGGGUGUGACCGACAUGAGGUUUUUAGCUGUCAACUGUGGUCAGAGAUUAUUGGUCAAUUGUGAGAGCUGCCGGUUUGAUCCUAGUUUCUCCAUUGGUCUGUGCAGUUGACAUGUAUGCUAGAGAGCCAUGAAGCUCUGCCAAGCCUAGUCGAUACCAAACUCAUUCUGCAGAUGGCUCUAUUUGUCCCAUCAUAGAGGUUCAGCAUUGUUUUUGUCAUUAGGACAGCCAGCAGUAUGUAGACAAACGCUUUCACCGCGCACAACCCCACACUGUUCAGGAGUUGGUAUAGAUCGCUUUGACUUCUCCCUUUUUUAAAUAUAUUUUUAUAGAGCAGAAAGGAAGGAGCACAAUCCAACUCUGUCAAUGUGCUCGCGUCAUUGAAUUAGAGUCACUAAAAAUUCUGCACAAAAAAAAAAAACGCACCAUUAUUGAGAAAUUGUUGAGUUAUUGUUGAUUUGUUCAAAAAGCUUGUGCUAGUUGCACCAACAACAAAAAAAGCCCUUGAAAUGACUGAACCAAUGAUACAAUGGCCAGAUGGGUAACAUGGCCCUUAGAUUAGGAAAUGACUUGAUGUCAACUAGGGUUGCAAUUGUUGUUUUAUUAUCCUGUUUUGAAGAAUUCCAGUUUGGAGGAUUACCUUGCUGCUUAUUCCCUUCUGAUUCCAGAAAUCCUCCAAGACUUAAAAAAAAAAAUAUAUAUAUAUAUUUUUUUUAGAACAUUUGAGGAAUUUUGCAACCCUAAUGUCAACAUUGGAGAGGCCUUAUAAAAGCCUCUGGUUACGGCCUCUAGAUAGGCCUCUAGUUCCGACUGCGAAACCUACGUUAAACCAUGGGACAUAAAUAGCUAGGUAGAGAUCUUCAAACUGGAUGUCUCAUUUGGACCAGUCACUUAAACUGUCAUUGUCAUUUCAGACCACAUUUUACCCAAGUGCCCAUGGGUUACAAUUGGUUACCUUUUGUUUUACUUCAUGGAUGUUUUGGAUCUUUCUAAUCAUCAGGGGUGGGUGUUUGUGUGCUCGACGAGGAGGGAGGGUUUUACUCUUCUUUUGAGCCAGAAAGUUAGCGGUUUCUAUCCACCUUACUUCCGUGCUAUGGCUGUCUGUCAGUCAUUGGCUGUGUCUGAAUGCUUAGCCAAAAUGUAAUAAUCCCCUUUUCCCAAUGACGUUGUGCCAACACCCAACCCUGUUGACUUUAAAGCUUCACUCUAGAAAGUGCCUCACAGGUUGAUUUUUAUAUGGUAAAUGUUCACUGCACCUUUCCCUCAGUGAGUUGGUUGAGUGUUGGUGUAUAGAAGCUUGGUAAACAAGUAUCACCUUACAGAUUAGUACAUAUAUUUGCCCCCUUCCCACUAUCUCUGAGCCAUCGUAUAGAACUUUGUCGACAAAGCACCUGUGUACAAAGCCCGAGCUGCCUCUUGGCUUUGUAACUCUGAGACCAAGAACAGGGCCUUUUUUAUUCUUCUGUUCAUGCUCCACCAGCUUCGAGCUGACAAGGUAAAAAUCUGUCGCUCUGUCCCGGAGCAAGGCAGUUAACCCGCUGUUCCCCGGGCGCCAAAGACGUGGAUGUCGAUUUUAAGGCAGCCCUCCGCACCUCUCUGAUUGAGAAGAGUUGGGUUAAAUGCGGAAGACCCAUUUCAGUUGAAUACAUUUAGUUGGACAACUGACUAGGUAUCCCCCUUUCCAUUUCAUGCUGUAACGCCGGGUUCCAUUCCAAUUCAAACCCAUUCCAUUGUUUUGUGUUCCAGCUAUGUCUUCACUCCAUUUCACUGAAGUGCUGGACCUUUGACUAUUCCUUCUUUAUGGCCCCUCGUUGAGUCCUCCACCUAACCAAAUAUAGUUGGUAUAAUACAUUGCCCUGAGUUACUGCAAUCACAAAGACAUAGUUUACUGGUUAUUACAGAGGACAGCCUAGCGUGUCUGGGUCCUUGUUCCAUACCCCUGCUAGCUGCAGAUUGAAAUGUGGCGUAAUGCCCCAGUAGAGCAUUUUGAAUAUCCCUGUCUGAGUAACAGGGCGCAACUUUCUCCAGAGACGGUGAACGAUAGCGAAACAGACUGGAGGAGUGGGACUUCAUAGGGUUCAACCAGUCUCUCCCACCCCUAAACCUGUCUCUCCUCUGAGCCCAUUUAGCUGUCCCUUUUGAGACGCCCAAAGUUGUCUCGCUCUUUCUCUUAACUCCUAUCCUCUCUUUCUCCUUCCGCCGCCUUCUCGUUCUCUUUUCCCUUUGGGCCGGUUUUGUCUCCCUUAUAACCGGUCACUGUCCCACUCCCUUCUGUACAUAAUGUAGGGUUAUUUAUAUUUCAUUCCUCUCUGCUGCCUUGCUUUUUAUUUUCUCAUUUUUUUAAGAAUCUAUAUUAAAACUGUACUGGGACCAUUUUUGAAAUGUAUUUGAUGUUUUUUGUUUUGGCUAUUUUUCAUUUGUAUUAUUAUUGUCUUAAUCAUUUUUAAUUUGCGUUUCAUUUUAUAGUGUUUUGUUAUUAAAAAAUUUGAAUAUAUGUAUAUAUAAUUAUAUAUAUGAUAAAAUUAUAUAUAAUUAUAUAAUGCCAAAUGGCCUUUCAAAGCAAGAUACUGUUCAAACCUAAAUAAAGUGCUUGUUUAUUGACUACA